CGACAGAGCAUGGUAGAUGUAUUGAGAGCAACUUUGAAGGCUGUCAAUGUUUUGUGGUGAAAACAUGUCAAUUCAUCUUUAAAUUACCUUAUUAAAUAAAUGUUUUGUGUGAUUUCUCUAUUUAUUUGCUUUUAUUUAUUUUUAGAACCACCGAUAAAUUGUUUCGUUCCCGUUUUAAUGCAAACCCAUGUGUAAAGUCUGCUUUGGCUACAGCCUAUACAAACAAAGCUUAGUGGCAAAGGCUGCAUAAAUGCACCGUUAUGCAGGCAAUGUGCAUAUGAUCAUGCGAAUGGAUAUCCAGUAAACUAAAUUAACAAGAGCAAUAAGUAGGGCAGUUGAUCCAAAGUGACUCAUUUCAGUUUCACCUGUUGGUUUGAUCGUGACCACACUGUUGUCUUGGACUUCCGCUCUCCAAGUGAAGUUGCCUGCUAAGUUUCCACAGCAUGAAACAGACAGCGCGAGGACACAACGCGAUUGGCUGCAUGCAUACAGUAGGCUAUAUGUGAGAGCCGCCCAGCAGCUCGGCUCUCUUCAGCACCGCUGAUUGUGAUAGCCUGGUAAGGGCAGCCUUCUCCGGGGAAAUACGUAACGUUCAAAAACUUGUAGGCUACAUAUAAUCAUAAGUGCUAUGUCAAACGCUGUGCGUUGCUGUGUGUGUUGCAGAAUUACAUCAAGCUCUCUCAAGGGUGAUCCUGUCUACCAAAUCAUCCCACAGGUGACAUCUUUUCAUUCAGUCCCAUGUCCACUUCGAGGAGCCCUGACGGUCCUGGGACCGCUGCUCCGUGCCAGCCCUCCUCCUCAGUCGAGUGCAGCGGCUACAUGGAGCCUGGACUCCUCUUCCCGGUGGCACGGUCCACCUUGCUGGCUCAACGUCUCCUGCGUUUACGGACCUGCAGCAGCCACGUAAGCCCCGUUACGCGCCGCAAGAGAGAGAUGAUCCCCGCCUACAAGAAAGAUGCCGCCUACUGGGAUAAGCGAAACAAGAACAACGAGGCAGCCAAGCGUUCGAGGGAGAAAAGGAGGCUGAAGGACGUGAUGCUGGAGGGUCAGCUGCUGGCUCUGAACGACGAGAACGCGCAGCUGCGGGCUCAGGUGCUCAGUCUGCAGUAUCACAGCAGCCUAAGUGCAGAAAAGAGCAAAGCAGCAUCCACUACAUCUGUUGAAGCUUCUACUCUGCCCUUAUCACCUAGAUCGGCUCACACCCCUGCCCUCUUCCAGGCAGGACUCUGGGGCGACAGCAGGAGCAGCCCAUCUUCUAUCCUGGGUAUGAUGCAACAAGAAGCGGCAAUCCACCCAUUUCAGGCUAAGAUCCCUUGUAUUAGCUCAACUAGAGGUGUUGGUGGUUUUAAUCCAGAAAGUCCUCACAAUGGUGGCACACAGCGAGGCCUCUUCCCCCUCUCCGGGCCCCGUGCCCUCUCUCCCCGAGCGGGUUUGGAGGGCGGGAGGUCAGCGGAGACAGAGAUGGAUGCUCUGCGACAGGUCUCCUCCAGCGAUGACAUCCCCAACUCCGCCGAUGUGUCUUCCCAUCCCGCCUCCUCCAUCCGAGUAUUUCUGCCCACAGCUGACACGCUCCACCAUGCCCCCAUCCUGUCAUACCCACCUCAAAAUUGGCUGCUGCCCCAUCUGAAUAACCCGGCUGUGUGUAAUAAUUUUCUGCUGCCUUGGCGGUCUUCCUACCUGUCCCCACCGGUCGUCUACUCCGGCCUGCCUCUCUACAUACAGGAGAGACAAGGCCAGGGUCUCGGUGUGGAGGCAGACAUUCACAGAGGAUUCAAGAGCCGCCUCAGCAGUGCACCGGCAGCGCUGUCUCAACUCGGGAUGCACCUCAGUCCCGAUGGACGCUAACAGGACAGUUUGAUUGACAGUUUGUCAUGGCGUUUAUUACAGGAGGGGGGCAAAGCUUUACUGUAUAUUUUUGAUGCUGCAAUUAUGUCUUGUAAAAAUGUAGGCUAAUUAUGCUACAACUGUGGAUUUUUUUAAAUGCCAAAGAAUACAAAAGACGCUUUAUAUUUUUAGAACAUUUUAAUUACAACGUAUAGGCCUUUCAAUUUGGUCUUUGGUCGUAUGAAAACAGGAAAAUGUGAAUUAGGUUAAAGGCAUAUUUGCAGAAAUACAGAGAGCGUUCACACUGUGGACUUACUGUCUGACUUUCUGUGGUUUCAAAUGUGUUUAUCAGAAUGAAACAGCGGUUACAUUGCACGCACGGACCAGUGCUGUCAGAGAUCCACUCAACCUGUUUAACAAUAGGCAUACAUAAUACAGCCUAUUUCAACCUUUCAUUAGGCUAAUGAUAUUUGAAUUAUGUGAAGUUGUAGGCCAAUAAAUGUAGUAGCUGGAGAUACAAACAGUUUUUAGUUAUGAUUUGGGAUAUUAGAGACCUAAAUGAAAUUAUUGGAUUGAUUUGAUUAAUUGUUUGUGAAUUUUUACCGCUCAUGUGCGGUAAACAUCGGCGACUGAGCCAGUGAAACUAGGUGCUUGCCUCGGUAUUCCCCUUUAUCCCCACUGCGUGAUUUCCCAGCAGACUUUGAUUCAAUGGAAAACCAAACGUUGAACCGUUUAUCUGUAGGCUCUCUGUGAGAUAUCCUCCUCGAUACUGCAUCUGCAUGGUUAUGCCACUCUUUUGUGCUUAAUUCUUGUUUAAGUCAGGAAUAUCAAUACAUUAAGUAAAUGCUUGAAAUUAAGCCGUUUGUACAGCCAAAGAACAGAAAACGGUGGGGGAUUAUCCAACCUUUAAUGACGAUAUCAAUCGUUUAUGUCAUAUCUCUGCAAAAUGUUUUUUUUAGCAAUGGUGCAAAGGUUGGGAAAAUAAAAGAUUGAUGGUAUUUUAAACACCAGUAGCUCCUAAAUGGCAUUUGAAUCAAUCAUCAAACUCUCAUUUUUCUGCAUGCACUGCAGGGGAAAUCUAUCUUGAAGAUCUCUUUACUGGCGUUGUCGCUAUCAAAUAAGCUUAUGUCCAGGCUUAUGAAUUAUUACAAAGUAAUCACGUUGAGUCGCUCCGCAGGCCUUAGAAAAGUUCCACUUUUAAUUUCUGUAAAAGUUCAGCUUCCUGCGGCGCUUCGGUUACGGUUAGUUUUUCAAUGUAAUGUUUAUUGCUGUUGUAACAAAAGAGUUGUUGAAAACGGAUUUAUUCCCCCUGGUUGUCAUAUUUAACAAGAUUCUGUAGUGGCAUCAUAACAAGGGGUCCCCCAGUCUGCCAGCACGUGUUCCCGAGGCCACCAGCAGAGGGCGCUACAGGACACUACUGGUGGAGUUGCCUCUGUCAGGAUGCUGCAAGUGGUGAAUGCACAAUUCACAAUAAAUUGUUUCUGCCUCUCCAGUAUGUAUGUAUUUUUUUUUUCUAGUAGGGUAAGAUACGUGAACAAGAAACUACUAAAGAGUAAAUGAAGUGAACACAUUUAUAUUUAUGUAACAUUUACAGAUUUUAUACAAAAUAAAACAUGAGUAGGAACAAAAUUUGUUUUUAAUAUCAUCUGGUGAUCCUGUUACAAACAAAAUCAUCCUUCUUCAAAAAGGUAUUGAAGUGUUCUAAAAAAAAAAAAGCUUAACAUUUUACAUGUUUUGUGCACAAUCAUUUGUAAAAGAAUAUAUCUUGAACUUGUUUUCACAGAUUAAAACAAAAAAUAAAAUGUACUUUGCAAUAGGACAUAAGGGAUGUCAGGAAGAUUUAGUCUGACUUCAUGGAUCAUCUUAAUUUGGAAACUAAUAUCAGCACAAAAUAACUGUCUCAGUUUACUGGUUGCAAAAUGUCAGUCCACUAAAUCAUCAACUCUGGUUCAUACAGCUCACAAAUAGUUUCUACUUUGUUUCUUUGUUUAAUGUCAGAUGAUGUUCAAUUGUAAUGUUUAUGUAAUAUCCUUUCAGUUGUCGACAAGAGGACAUACACAUGCCUAGUGCAAAUACUUGAGCUUGAAAAUAAGUUUGUUAGACGUGCAGGUUAGACUGCGUCUUCUUGGCCGUAUGACAACAAUAAAGCAUUUUAGUGUCCACAUGGAUCUCUGCUGCAUUUUUUUUUUUAACAUUAACAGCUUAAGCGCAUCACAACAGGAAGCAAAACCUUACUUGUCUACAUGUGACCUGUCUAUACAUAGAAAUGUGGGUUAGGGUAAAAUUUCAUGCUUUUGUCAGAACAAAAGUAUGUGUUUAAAAUUCCAAUUACAAAGUUAAUUUGUCUUCCUAUAAUGUUUAACAAGUGAUUCUAAAGUGGGCAAAGUGUAUUGCAAAAAGCAGAUCAGUGAGAGGAUAAUAAAUGUGCAGACAUGUAGUCGUAACUUUGACAUCUACGCUGAUAAGUGACAAAGACUUCUCUUUUUUUCUGUGAAUCUGAGGUGCCAAAGAUUUAUUUAACACUCAUACAGAAACUUCAGUUUACUCCUCUCAGUUAUGCUUUACUGUAAAUAUCUGAAAGACACAUAAUUCUGGUGAUAUCUUUUCCCUGGCUGUUGUGGCUUAGUCUCUUGUACUACUACUACCACUACUACUACGUCGUUUAAGUUUUUUCUGGAAAGAGGCAUUCAGGUAUGUGCCUGACAUAAAAUGUCUGUGUGGAUGAAACAUGUAACUGAAUACUACACAACACAUCACAAUGCAGCUACGGCACAGCAAACAACACAGCAAUACACUGCAAAGACAAAAAAAAAAAAAAUGGCAUGAAUUUGCUUGAAGAAUGAAAUAAUGGUGUGGCAUUACUAUACUCUGGGGUGUUAAAUGCAUAUACCUCUGCAAUUCUACCAUACAACACACAAAAUAUGUCAGUUUGAAAUUGAAAACCACCAACACCACAGCACUAUGAAGAUCAAGCGGGCCAGUCAGACACUUUUCAUGUGACAACAGAGGUGGACAGUCCCAGUUACAGUGAGGAAAACAACACAAAGAGUGAGAGAAAGCAAAGAAGGUGGGAGGUGAAAGGGUAGGACUGAAAGCAACAAGACCUUAUCAACCCCCUUCUACUUAUAUGUGCAUCCAUUUCGUGACGCAGUCUCAAAGGAGAGUUCCCUGCUCUAAGUUGUAUAUUAGUACUGGGUUAGAGCGAGAUAUCUCUGAAUUAGCUCGUUGGCACCUCUGCAGCAGUGGACUUUUUGCAUAAGGUAAGGCCUCAAGCUCUUUUUCAUGUCUAAAAUGUUUUGGACCCUGCAGGUAAACAGCUGAGGGAUUCGGGGGAGGAAAUGGUUUAGGUGUUAGUGGCCAAUGGAUAGAUGGUUUUUUUACGCAUAUACUACCGUUCUCUAGUGCUGAUCACGGCACAACAAAAAGCUGUAUGCUGUGAAAUUGAUGGUUAACUCUUUUGGAAUCAUUCCUUUUCAUAUGUUGCCAAAAUACAGGAAUAAGUGACCAGGCGUUUCAGUUGAUCAUAUUUUUUAUGUAUAUUAUCAAAACAAAAUCAAUUCCUUCAGAAAGCAUUACCUGAAAAUGUUACUCUAUUAUUUGUCAAGAAUUGUUUAAGGAAGAGGAAGUGUUACUACCUUGUAAAAUCUGCAAGAUAAUUUAGGAGGACAGUUUUUUACAUGGUGUGUUUCUAUUGUAAAAGUCCUUACCGUAAAAUAUUGAUAAUUUACAAUAUAAUUUAUAAACUGGCCAAACUGGGGGUUAAGUAACUGAAAUUUUCAAAUAUAUAUGUAAUCAAAAUAAUCAAAUAUUUAUUCAGGAUACUUGAGCUCGAAAAGUUUUGUUAUCUGGUAAAAGGGACGUUUACUAAAGUUGUAAAGAUAUGUGAAAUCAAGGACGUACAGUGUGGUGCAGUGUGAUUUUAAUGUUCCUUAACCUAAACACAAAACGUUUGAGUCAUGUAAACUGUACUAUUAUAAUUUGAUUUUUUGUCAUUUUUACACUGAGUGACCAAAAAACUAGAAACGUCUCUGCAUUGUAAUGUUAUCUAGUAGAAUAGCACUGCAAUAAAUCCUUUAAAAAAAUGAUCAUGUUCCGUUUUUGUGACACUGUGUCAGAGACGUGUUGAUUCAAACAGUCAUUUUUGAGGCUGUAGCUUGUGGUGUUGUUUCAGAUUGCUCUGUAUUGUAAGGUGUUUCUAAAACUUCUAUCCUGCAUAGAUGUGAGGUGGAAGAAAUAUCAAGAAUACCUUGCAAUAUAUCAAUGUCCAAUACAACACCACAGAGUUGAGUCAACAUACUAAGAGCUAAAGCAUUACCAAAACGUUUAAGGUAUUGUAUUGUACUGCAUCGCACAGGUGUUUCUAUUCUUUUGAUCACACAGUAUGAAUUAUAAAAGGGAAACAUUUUUUGGCGUAUUUGGUCCCGGUUGCACAAUACACAUAUAUGAAGCCUGAGAUUGUGAUGGGCUGCAAACAUCACACGAGAAACGAGUAUUUCUGCCUUUUGUUUAUUAUUGUGCUGGCUGCUGAAGCCACACGUACUCAAACUGAGAGAAACCUAAGUUCUUGUUCUAUACUCUAUGAAGGCAACAAUUAUUUUACUAUUUCAAGGAGUUCGGCCUAAUUGAAAUUCCAUAACCCUUCUCAUACCCGUCUGACAGAUAUCAAGAGCUUUCAGUACAUCACAUCUCAUCCUGAUGGUUUUAAGUGCAACAAAACAAAGUAUAAAUCACCCUCCUAUAGUAUAUAACUAUUGGAUAUAAGGAGGCGACUGUAUAUGUUCUAUGAGGGUAAAACACAGAAUUGAGAAGACUUAAAUAAAAGAUACAGUCCAUCCAUCCAUUAUUUAUUACACGAUAACAUUGAUGGCUUAGUAGCAUACUAAGAAUAUUUCAUAUAGUUUCCUCUUUUCAUGAUGAUGAAAAUACUUUGAUUACAGUUUAAUUUCCAUGUAGGCCUAUAGUCAGCAGUUUUAAAAAGUGAAUUUUAUGUUUUUAUGGUGCUUUCCAUUUACAAUAUAUAAAGAGAACAGGGAAAGAUGGUGCCAUUAGUUAUUAGCACUGCACGUCAAGGAAUUUAUGCGUUAACGGACAAUUCAAGACAUGAACUGUGGCAAAUUCUUUAUUCCCCCAAGAGAGCAUUCAUUCACUCUAAUUUCCACAAUGGCAGUUUACAAUAGACAUGAACAUAGUACAUUGAGGUGAAAAGCCACAAAAUAUAGACUGACCAAUUCUUCCUCCUAUAGGUAGUUAUUUUAACAAUGGCUGGCAGGGCACACAGCAACACAGCAGCAGAUGGCUGAGUAUGAGAAAACGGAUAGGUACAAAAAGAAGAAGUUUGAGAGUUCCUUACUAAAAAGCAGGCUGGCUAUAAUUAGUCAAUAAGAAACAGGUGCAACUGUGCAGCAGAGUUGUGAGCAGGCUCAGCCUCAAGAGAGAUUUCACUCAGGAACCCUCUCUUUUUUUUAUUUUCUCUCUCUCUGUGUCUCCCUGCAUGAUUAUUGUUUGCUCUCUUCCUGCUGUUGCUUUUUUGGGUUUGCUAGCACCAGAGUUGCAGAGUAUACAACGCUUAGUCUUUGUGUCACUCUCUCUCUCACACACACACACACACACACAAGUAUGCAAGUGUGCAUGUUCUCACACAGACAAACAAACACAUUCGGGCUUCGGGUCUACGUUCUUGCUGGGCACAGGCUUGAAUAUUUUUAACCUGAUGUGUGUUCUCACCACCACACACAGGGCGCACGGCCUCGUUUUGAUGCUUCUGGCUCAGUCUCUCUGGCACGACACAAUACGACUAUAUGGUCAGUGAAUAUGCUCCGAUGUUGCUAUAAGUGUGGAUAACAGAAAUAAAAAUGAGAACUUACAACUGAAGAGGACUGACAUGCAGGAUAAUUUAAUAUAUAAUAAUAGACUCAGCUCAUUUAUGAGGUAUGACAUGUAAACAUAAGCAUAAAGUACUGCAUGACAUCUGAUUAGAAAUUAACUUAUCAGCUAUAGUGUUGUUUGCGAGAAUAUGACGUGGGGAAAAUAUCAAUGAAUUAAAAAGCGUGUGUGUAAGCUCAAUGUGUGUGUGUGACUCGGUGUCUGUCUGUAUGUGUUUCUACGUACGAUUGCACGCACACAGGGCUGGCUGUGGUUUCAACACAAUGUUCAUCCUUCUUGCACAGCUUCCCAUGAAACCACCCACAAACCCACGCAAAUGAAAGAGACUAUAUUAAAAGCUGCCAGCAUUCCUAUCAGAGCAGUUAUUCAAAAUAUUGAAUUUACCUUCUGACUUAUGCAACGUAAUGGACAAACCCUUACUGACUGCCUUUUCUUCCCCACUAUGUAGAAGAAUGAAGUGAGGCAAGUAGAUAAAAGAGAUGGAGAAGGGGAAGUGAUUACUAGAUGGACGAGUCCAUCAAAGAGGAAGAUGGGGGAGAUAAAGUGUGAAACAGAAAGCAUUGUCAGACUCAAACUCAACUAUUGAAGGGGCUCCUUUUUUAAAUCUAAACUGAGCUGAUUGUGAAAAGAUGUAUAUACAGUUUGUAAUUUCUAUAUGACACGUUCAAUUAAUCAUCUCUCCUCCACUCAAGUGAACCAAAUAUAGUUACUGUAAAACAGUAACUUACUGGCUACAGAAAUUCUGCAAUAUCAAGAAAGUUUCUGUUCAUUUUCACAUAUCAUUUUUGAUUUACUUUGCAAAAACAGUGACAGAGAGGUUUAUGCAUAGUUGAACGUUAUGUUUAUGUUUAGUUUAAGUUUUGGACUAGACUAAUCUGUUAGAUUAUGUGUGCAAACUCUCCAAAGUGAGCUCUCAACAACCCAUGGUGCAGAUUAGUACAUUAGCUAUUAUAUAUUUGAAAUACAGAACUAGGUAUGAUUGCUGCUGCAUGAACUCAUUGUUGUAAAUAACUGUAUAUAACAGCAACUAACAUCUAACACAUUAGUCCACAUUCUUCUUUGUCUUCUUAAUGUUUCCCGUCACAUUUUCUCAUGUGGUCUAGACAGGUAUGAGGUGAGGGGAGGUCAGCAAGGGGGGUUUGUGUGCUGGAGGUGUUAGACGAAGCUAGAUGCAACCGAGUGCACUGUAGUGGCCUCUGCAGCUUUUCACAGAAUGAAAAAACACAUACAGUAUGUGCAGCCUUGCCUACGCACUACUGCUUUUCUGCUAGACUAGCAAGAGACUCCUUUGGAUGUACAGGCUCUACAUGGCUAGCACAAACACAUAAGUGGAUUAAAUUCGCAAAUCAAGGUAAAUAUCAUUAAGAUUCUCGACAGUUUUUAUCAUCUCAGAAUGACAUCACAAUGACAUUCAACACUAACUCAGUUGUUGUAGUUUUGCUGUUCUUAUAAUGAACAAACUUUCCGACAUGAAAAUGACCUAUUGUUGACUUUUCAUAAUUUUUCCCCCAUAGCUGACAGCUGUGGACUUUGGAUAUCACAUGUAAACAGAUUGUCAGCAGUAUAGUCUCACAGACUCCAAUCAUCACUGCAUUCAGACAUACUACGGUGCUUUCAGUGAAGACAAACCAAGAUAAGACGAGGUAAAACGCAAAUCAGAUAAGGUUACCAUUAUACAAGAAGGAAGUACCUGUAUUACUCAACCGCUAAAGUGAGACUAAAAACUCUCCUCUAUUGAUUUCAGGUCUCUGU